UCUACUCUCAGAAAAAUUCCAUGUUAUAAUACAUAGAUUGAUACAGAGAAGAGAUGAGGCCUUCAUCUUUUCUACUCGUUAUUUCCAUCUUAUCAGCCUUUGUUCUUCCUUCUCUUUGCGAUACUGAGAAUGUGACUGUAGACAUAGAGGGGGCGACCACCAUUGCCAAUACCGAUCGAUCUUUCGUAUGUGUGACUCUUGAUUGGUGGCCUGCAGAAAAGUGCAACUAUGGGAUGUGCCCUUGGUAUCAAUCCUCUGUUUUGAAUUUGGAUUUGAAAAACCCAAUUCUUAAAAAUGCUAUCAAAGCUUUCAAUCAACCCCCCUUGAGGGUUAGGAUCGGAGGGUCACUUCAAGAUCAAAUCGUCUAUAAAGUGGGGAAAAAUCAUCCAAAGUGUGAAAAGCUCAAACUUGUUAAAGGAGCAUUGUUUGAUUUCUCUGCUGGCUGCCUCAACAUGUGCAGAUGGAAGAAGCUCAAUAAACUGUUUCAGGACAGUGGAGCAGUUGUGACAUUCGGGUUGAAUGCACUCUACGGAAGGAGUCAGCUUAAAAAUGAUACUUUGUGGGAAGGCAGCUGGAACUCAUCAAAUGCUAGAGAUUUCAUCAAUCAUACUAUCUCAAAGGGAUAUAAUGUCGAUUCUUGGGAAUUUGGAAAUGAAAUAUCUGGAGAUGGCGUCGCUGCGAAGGUGGAUGUUAAGCAGUACAGCCAGGAUUUGAUUGUUCUCAAAGCACUUAUAGAUGAUUUAUACAAAGACAAGAAGAAGCCUAUGCUUUUGGCCCCCGGAGGCUUCUUUGAUCAAGAUUGGUUUGCCAAAAUGCUUCAAAAUUCGGGACCUAAUGUUGUUGACGCUGUGACUCAUCACAUCUAUAACCUUGGUCCCGGUGGAAGCAAAGAGCUAUUUGGCAAGAUGCAAGAUCCUUUCUUUCUGUCUCAAAUAGCUCAGACAUUCAAAAAUGCAGAGGAGACAGUUAAAGAUUUUGGCCCGUGGAGUUCUGCCUGGAUCGGUGAAGCAGGAGGUGCUUUCAAUAGUGGAGGACCAGAAUCUGGCACUUUCGUCGAUAGUUUUUGGUACUUAGACCAGCUCGGCAUGGCAUCCAAGUUCAACCAUAAGGCCUACUGUCGCCAAGCGUUGAUCGGAGGAAACUAUGCUCUCCUUGACACCCAAACAUUUAUCCCCAACCCAGAUUACUACAGUGCUCUGUUGUGGCACCGUUUAAUUGGACGCCGUGUUCUUCAAGCUACUCACCAGAGCUCGCCUUACUUGAGAACAUACGCCCACUGUGGAAGAGACCAAAAUUCAAUUACAUUGGUGCUGAUUAACCUGUCAAACUCUACGGCGUUCAACGUUUCAGUCCAAAAUGACAUGAACCUGUAUCCACCUGAGCUCAAAACAAAUUCUGCAACACUUGGAGGACAAAGGGAAGUUUACCACCUAACUCCCAAAGAUGGCAAUCUCACAAGUCAUUAUGUGCUUCUCAAUGGAAAACUCUUAAAUGUUUCAAGCACUGGAGAGAUUCCACAAAUAUCUCCUACCAUCACUGAAGCUUCUGCUCCAUUGCGCAUCACCCCUUCAUCUAUUGUAUUCGUGAAAUUCAGGAACAUCACUGCUCCAGCUUGUGCUGACAGGGAGAAUUAGGAAGUAAUUUUCUACAGAUAAGUACGUAUAUAGUCGAUAAGAAUGGUGCCUUUUUAUUAUUUUUAACCUUCUAAGUU